AUCCACAGGCUAAACCGGUGCCCCAGAGUCGAAUCAUUGUAUCAGCAAGGUUCCUGAAACCCAUCAAAGAGCCCUGUUCGAUUUUCGUGGUAGCGAAUGGUGAUGUGUUGACCCCAGCAUUAAGACUGCUGAUACCCCAACGGAUACUGGGCCAAUACGACAGGGUUCUGGAGAUGAUCACGGACAAAAUGGGUUUGAGAAUCCUGGGGUGUGUACGAAGCCUUUACACUUUUGAUGGAAAUCAUGUGAACGAGGGAAAGGACUUGGAGAGUGGACAGUUUUACGUGGCUGUUGGGAGAGACAAGUUUAAAAGACUUCCCUACAGUGACCUUCUGUUCACCAAACCAAGCGGCAUACGAAGGACGACAGGAUCCAAAGCUUCCUCAUUACCUCCCAUAUACACAUCUGGAAAGCAGAACAGAAACAGUUUGACGGUGCACCACAGUAAGUCUAUGUGGCGGUGCAGAGAGCCAGCAGACGCCAAGAUGUCUGCGCACGAUACGGACCGCACGUCGUCCAUCGUCAGGCAGAUCUCCCAGCAGAGACUCAUGAUCCUCAGGAAGAGGAGGAGUGGUCUCAGUAUCUCCCUGGGAACACAGGACAACG